GCAUUGGUAUUGUAGCUUAUCAUUUGUUUAUUCAGAUAAACACAAAUAAUUGCUACCAUGAAUGGGGAACAGUGAAAAUGUUUCUUCAAACCAAUAUCUGUAAUCAAGACAGCAAAGAUGUUAAGCCACUAUAUAAAUAAAUUUUCUCAUCUCAUUUGUCAUCAAUUUCUGUAAACAAAACAGCAAAGAUGGGUGGAGCAUCAUCACCAAUCACCAGCACUGGUGGAGCCAGUGGACUGCUCCGUUUCUCCGUUCAUGUGGUUCGAGGCCGGUGGUUCUCUCUUUUUGCCUCUUUCCUUAUCAUGGCUGGCGCUGGAGCAACAUAUCUUUUUGGAGUUUACUCCAAGGAGAUAAAGGCCUCUCUUGGAUAUGAUCAAACCACACUCAAUCUCCUAGGCUUCUUCAAGGAUCUAGGUGCAAAUGUUGGAGUCUUAUCAGGACUAAUUGCUGAAGUAACUCCAACAUGGUUUGUUCUAUUAAUUGGCUCAGCCAUGAAUUUUGCAGGCUACUUUAUGAUAUGGCUUGCUGUAACUGGCAAAAUUGCCAAGCCUAAAGUUUGGCAGAUGUGCAUUUACAUAUGCCUUGGAGCCAAUUCUCAGAAUUUCGCCAAUACAGGUGCUCUUGUUACUUCUGUUAGAAAUUUUCCCGAAAACCGGGGAGUUAUGUUAGGUCUGUUAAAGGGUUUUACUGGAUUAAGUGGUGCCAUUUUGACCCAAAUCUAUUUGGCUGUCUAUGGAAAUGAUUCUAAGGCUCUUAUUCUUCUUAUAGCCUGGCUUCCAGCAGCAUUAUCUGUGGUUUUUGUCUAUACAAUUCGCGCAAUGAAGGUUGUUAAGCAACCAAAUGAGCUGAAAAUCUUUUAUCAAUUCCUGUAUGUAUCAAUUGUCCUAGCUUUGUUUAUCAUGGUUAUGACCAUACUUCAGAAACUGGUGACUUUCUCACAGGCAGCAUAUGCUGGAAGUGCUACUGUAGUUUGUGUCUUCCUCUUUGUCCCUCUAUUUAUUGCCAUUAGAGAAGAAGCACUUUCUUGGAACCGAAAGAAAUUGCCAAACAAUCCUCCUAAAAUAACCAUAGAAAAUCCAACAAUAUCCACGCCUCAACCUGCAACUGCAAAGCUAGAAGAGAAAUCAGAAACGCCGUCAUGUUUCAAGAACAUUUUCAAUAAACCAGAAAGAGGAGAAGAUUACACUAUUUUACAAGCACUUCUUAGCACAGAUAUGCUCAUUCUAUUUUUAGCAACAUUUUGUGGACUGGGAUCAAGCUUAACUGCUGUGGACAACUUGGGACAGAUUGGAGAGUCGUUAGGAUAUCCAACAAAAACCAUAAAAUCAUUUGUGUCACUUCUUAGCAUAUGGAAUUACUUUGGGAGAAUUUUCUCGGGAUUUGUCUCUGAAAGUCUUCUUGCCAAGUACAAAUUCCCGCGGCCUCUUAUGAUGACACUAGUCCUUUUCUUGUCGUGCAUCGGCCUUCUCCUCAUUGCAUUUCCAUUCCCUGGUUCAGUCUACGUUUCAUCUGUAAUUAUCGGAUUCUCAUUUGGUGCACAAUUGCCUUUGAUCUUUGCAAUUAUUUCUGAGCUUUUUGGCCUGAAAUACUACUCUACAUUGUUUAAUUGUGGGCAAUUGGCUAGUCCACUUGGCUCCUACAUACUGAAUGUUAAAGUUACAGGGCCCCUUUAUGACAGAGAGGCACUAAAAGACUUGGCCAAGAAGGGCAUGACAAGAUCAUCAGUCAAGGAAUUGACUUGCAUUGGCACUCAAUGUUAUCGGCUGGCCUUCAUUAUUUUGGCAAGUAUCACUUUCUUUGGAGCUCUCACUUCUCUGAUAUUGGUGGCCAGAACCCGAGAAUUCUACAAAGGAGAUAUCUAUAAGAAGUUUAGGGAUGAAGCCGAGGCAACUGAGGCCGAAAUGGCUUUAUCAAACAACCCCAAAUAGGGAGCAACGAAGAUGGUCCGUGUGUAAAAAUGCGAGGGCCAACAUGGUCCAAGCCAAGACGGGCCAUCAGGCUCGACACCUUUUAUAUAUAAAUUGUAUUUCAUAUGCAAACAGGUGCAUUCUAGAUCAUACCUGUUUCUUGUACUAGUAGUUGGAUAGAAUCUACUUUUAUUGUUAAUCCUCAGUGGCCCUGAUGGAUGACUUGAUUUGUGUUUGUCAAGAUGCCAAAAUAGUAGUCACUACGUGACUUACUUUGAGCAUAUUAGGCGCGGAAGCAGUCAAUUGUUAAGAUCAUUCACAUGCAAGGAUUUAUCAUCAGAAUUUGACAUUUUCUUUUCUUCCAAGCUGUAAAUUACAUUGAUCUACUAGAUUCCUGUUAA